CCGCGAAGCAGACGCAGAUUAUUGUCCUAUGAAAUGAGAGCAUGACCAGCAAACACAGCCACGAGCACCAACCCUAUGAUUAUAUAGUUCUUUAAUGUUUCUUUUUACAUAAUAUCUGACAUGAUCGAAGGUCUUCUGUCCGAGAACAAUGUUGAUAUAAGCUUUUGGUCGUUUGAUGUGUCGACGCUCAGUGGAUACGUCCAAAUCAGAGAUGAGGAUACAGUUCAUGUGGUAUGCGUCCCAUCCUCUCUCAUGCUGGCUGAGUGCUGAAAACUGAAUGUGGGCCGCUCUGCGGCUCCCACUACAGCUCCUGCCAUGGGGAAUACCGCCACCAAGUUUCGUAAAGCACUUAUCAGUGGAGACGAAGGCCUGGCCUGCCAGCUCUAUGAGAACAACCCUCAAUUUAAAGAGGCUCUGGAGCCCAACACAUCUUAUGGGGAGCCAUAUCAACACAACACACCCCUGCACUACGCCUCACGCCAUGCCAUGACUCGCCUCAUCAGGUCUUUCCUUUUCUCCAAAGAUGGCAACCCCAACAAGUGCAACGUUCACAAUGAGACUGCGUUGCACCUGCUUUGCAUGGGCCCCCAGAUCCUGCUGGGUGAGGGGGCACUGCAGCCCCGGAUCAGCCGACCCCAGGAGGAUGAACAGAAGCGGGCUGAGUGCCUCCAGAUGAUCCUUCUGUGGACCGGAGCCAAGCUGGACCAGGGCGAGUAUGAGAGAGCCAACGUCAAUGCCACAGACAACAAAAAGAGCACCUGCCUGCACUACGCGGCAGCGGCUGGCAUGAAGAACUGUGUCGAGUUGUUAGUAAAGAACAAUGCAGAUUUAUUCGUGGAGAACGAGGACCGGGAGACGCCGUGUGACUGUGCGGAGAAACAGCAUCACAAGGAACUGGCGCUCAGUCUGGAGUCUCAGAUGGUUUUUUCUCAGGAUGCCGGAGCUCAGGAGAUAGAAGCAGAGUAUGCCGCCCUUGACCGGCGAGAGCCAUAUGAGGGAUUGAAACUGCAAGACCUGCGUCGGUUGAAAGACAUGUUGAUAGUGGAGACGGCGGACAUGCUGCAGGCUCCUCUCUUCACGGCCGAGGCCCUGCUGCGAGCUCACGACUGGGACAGGGAAAAACUUCUAGAGGACUGGAUGUCUAAUGCGGAGGACUGCUGCCAGCGCUCAGGUGUUCAGAUGCCAACUCCCCCACCGAGUGGCUACAAUGCUUGGGACACUCUGCCUUCACCUAGAACUCCCAGAACAACUCGCUCCUCUGUCACCUCCCCUGAUGAGAUCAGCCUGUCUCCUACUGAUGGCCUUGCCCUGUGUGGGAUUUGCAUGUGCACCAUAUCGGUGUUUGAGGACCCUGUUGAUAUGUCGUGUGGGCACGAGUUCUGCAGGGCAUGCUGGGAAGGGUUUUUGAAUCUGAAGAUCCAAGAUGGGGAAGCACAUAACAUCUUUUGCCCUGCUUAUGAAUGCUUCCAGCUGGUUCCUGUGGAGGUCAUUGAAAGCGUUGUCUCCAGAGAGAUGGAUAAGCGCUACCUGCAGUUUGAUAUUAAGGCUUUCGUGGAUAAUAAUCCUGCCAUUCGCUGGUGCCCUGUAGCCAGAUGUGAAAGAGCCGUACGACUGUCUAGGCCAGGCCCUGGAGCCUCUGACUCUCUGAGCUUCCCGUUGCUCAAAGCCCCUGCUGUAGACUGUGGCAAAGGCCAUCUCUUCUGCUGGGAGUGUCUUGGCGAUGCUCAUGAACCCUGUGAGUGUGAGACAUGGAAGAUGUGGCUGCAGAAAGUGUCUGAAAUGAAGCCUGAAGAAUUGGCUGGUGUGAGUGUAGCCUAUGAAGAUGCUGCCAACUGCUUGUGGCUACUCACCAACUCUAAACCUUGUGCCAACUGCAAAUCCCCCAUCCAGAAAAAUGAAGGCUGUAAUCACAUGCAGUGCGCGAAGUGCAAGUAUGAUUUCUGCUGGAUUUGUCUUGAGGAAUGGAAGAAGCACAGCUCCUCUACUGGAGGAUACUAUCGCUGCACGCGCUAUGAGGUCAUCCAACAGGUGGAGGAACAGUCCAAGGAGAUGACUGUGGAGGCAGAAAAAAAGCACAAGAGUUUUCAGGAACUUGACUGUUUUAUGCAUUAUUACACACGAUACAAGAAUCACGAACACAGUUACCAGUUAGAAGAACGACUCUUGAAAACAGCCAAAGAAAAGAUGGAACAACUGAGCAAAGCUUUCAUUGGAAGGGAAGGAGCCCCACCUGACACCACCUUCAUUGAGGAUGGUGUGCAUGAACUUCUCAAGACCCGACGCAUCCUUAAGUGCUCUUAUCCAUAUAGUUUCUUCUUGGAGCCCAAAAGCACAAAGAAAGAAAUAUUUGAACUUAUGCAGACUGAUUUAGAGAUGGUCACCGAAGACCUUGCUCAGAAGGUGAACAGGCCUUACCUCCGCACCCCUCGCCAUAAGAUCAUCAGUGCCACGUAUCUGGUGCAGCAGAAGAGACGGGAGUUCUUGGCCUCUGUGGCUCGAGGUGUUGCUCCAAACGAUUCUCCCGAGGCUCUCCGCCGCAGUUUUGCUGGUGGCACUUGGGACUGGGAGUAUCUGGGAUUUGCCUCUCCUGAGAUGGUGAGGAAUCACCCAGUACGGGGGUCAAAUGCACAGCGUGAGAGCAAUUACAAUCCAGGAGGCCAGCCGCAGGAAUACUCCGAGUUCCAGUACAGACGGAGACACCGGCAGCGGCGUAGAGGAGACCUACUCCGACUGCACAGCCUCCGCAGUAACACCCCUGAACCACAUGACUCUAGUGACAACACUUCAGAAACACAUGAGGGAGGCAUUACACAAAGACAUGGGAUCUCCACGGCACUUGGGUCUCUGGAUGAGGAUGACCCCAAUAUUUUGUUGGCUAUUCAGCUGUCCCUACAGGAGUCCAGGCUGGCCUUGGACCCCGAGCCUCAGGAUCUGCUCAGUAAUGAUUCUUCUGUAGGUGCCAGUGGUUCCUCUCUGCCCUCUAGACUGGAUUCUGCCCCCCAUACUGGGGAUCACCCCCGAGCUUCCAUGAGCAGCUCUGAGCUUCUAGAGCUGGGAGACAGCCUUAUGAGACUGGGCAACAUUACCAGCCACUAUACACCCUUUAACAUGAAUUCCUACCCCGAUGCCUUGGGUAACGCCUUCACCCCUAGUGACCCAGACUGCCUGGACCCUUCCACCAAUGCCAACCUGCUUGGCAACAUUAUGGCCUGGUUCCAUGACAUGAAUCCACAGAGCAUUGCACUGAUUCCCUCAGCCACCUCAGAUGCCAGUCCUGAGCCUCCCAUUUUUGGAGAGGGACAACCUGCCAAAGCCCAGGAUGAGGAGAAUGAGAUGGGGAGUCCUGAGCAGGGUUCCCUAUCGCUACUGAAAGAGAGGAGUGCAGACAUGAUGGCAUCGCAACUUUUGGAGCUGGAAUGUGUUGAUGCACAGCCUCCUAAAGCAGAGCCAGACUUGGAGGGUAUGGGCAGCAGUGUAGAUCUCACUAACACGGUUCGUCCUGAGAGCAGUACUGAUCAGGAUACGCAGGUAACUGACCUCUCUUUAGAGUGGGAGGAAGAAGUGCACCUCGUGUGAGGAAAAAGUCCAAUUAUUGUUUACCAACUGAGUGCUCUUAUUGUGCCAAAACACUAAAUAAAAUUAAAAACUGCACGUUCAGAAAUGGAGAAGAGUGAAAAAGGUGCAGUGGGGUCAGAUGGGUCUCGUCUCGGUUGUGUGUUGCACAGCGUCUGGUGGAAGAAACAAGAAAACGUGGUCAGAUUUAAGUUGAUGAGAGUAGAGUGCGUCUCGUUCACUAACUGUAUUUUGUGUGUGUAUGAAUGUUUUUGAACGGAAAUCCAAAUUCAUUCAUAUCUUAGCACUUGGAUUUUCUUUUUCUACAUUUUAGCAUAACAUUUAGAAACAACUAAGAAUCAGUCCUGGUGGCCUUAGAAACACAAAAUGGUUUAAGCCGAAAGGUUUUACAUGUAAUUGGACAUUUGAACAACUAAGAGACCCCAAAAAUUUAGCAUUAAAAAAUGAAAAGCAUUAAAGAUCUGGAAUCGGUUCUACAUAAAAAUGUUGUGAUUUUAUAUUUAAAAAGCCAUUGAAUGGUGAAGGUUAGGAUGGUAAUUGCUCAUUUUAGCUUAUGUCGAAUAAUCUGGAUUUAUUAACAUUAGAAAGACGGUGAGAUCAAAUUUAUGUGCAUACCUGUUGUGAGUAAUCAGGUGGAAAUCUUGUGUAACAACCUUUUUUUGUGCACAUGAGAACACUGUUAUGAGUGACUGUGGUGAUGUAUUAAAGUCACAAUGAAAUGGAAGUAGCGACAGGUGUUUUCUUCCAUAUCGCGGUGUCCAUCUGAAAGAAAAACAAAAUAUUAGGUUGGGCCUUGGUUAUAGCCAUUGUUGUGUUGAUCGGAUGGAAGCACUUCUGAAUAUGAGCUUGCAAUCGAUUGCAAGCGUGCUAAAUGAUUGGAGAAAUAAACAUAAUUCAUCAUAGAGAAGUCUGUCAUUUCCACUGGAAGAUCCAGUUACGAGAUGUCGAUUACGAUUUCCAAGGUGUUUGUUUCAAACCAUUCGAUGCCACUUUGGCCAUCUCUAGAAAUCUUGCUGCGGGUGGGUGCCAUAAGAGAAAGCUCCAUCUGUAUAAGAUUGGAAAUUAAUUCUUUCUUUUAAGUUCAAAUGAACAGAAAUUAAAUGGAUGAAUAUUUGACUUGACCGUUAUAUUUUUCUGAAAAGAAAAAGAAUGUUUAUGUUCAGGAGAAGAUACAUGAAACCAUCAACGUUUCUUGGCUCUUGCAGUUAUUGUGAAAAAUUGUGAGAUAAGAUUCAAGAUAAAAACCAUGCCUUUCAUGAGUUCUUUGCCUUAUUUUGCUUUUUAGUUUUGCAGCUCUCCUAUUUAGCCAUGCCAAUUUGUUAAUUUAUUUAAAAAACUAAUGUUCCUUUCAUUUAAUGCAAAAGCAGAGUACACAGUACACAUUUCAUUGUUAUUAAUGAGGAGUCAAAAUGUUACAGUUUGCAGAAGACCUUGUUCUUUGCCAAAAGGAUGUAUAUUUACACUCCUGAAAAUAUUGACAUUUAUUACCUUAUCUAUCGUGACUCCUACACAAUACCUCUGAUUAUUCCGUGUUGUGGAUUUCAUUUGGCUCAUGGCUAACGCAUACAUGCAUAAAGACUUUGUUUGUGUGUCGACAUUAAGUCAUAUACAUAGAAAGUUAUUCUCCUAUAUGGCAUAUGUGGCCAAACUGACACAUAUUAAACCUUUAAUGAAAUUAAACCUUUGCAGAAUGCCAAUCACAUCCCUCUCUGAUUAGACAUACUGUGCAGUAAUGGAGAAGGUUUUCAAGGAAUAUUGCAGGUUAAAUACAACUUAAGAUUUAUAGACCGCAUUUGUGACAUGCUAUCGGUUACUACAUCAUCUCUUUAGUUUGUACAAAAAAGCAAUGCAUUUAAAAUGUAAGUCUUAACACUGUCGAUACUAAAUCUUAAAGUGUAUUUAAACCAGGAUAUUAAUCUAACAAUCAUAGGUAUUUGAUUUCUAUUUCUGAUAUAUCAUUUUUGGAAAGUCUUAGAUGUGGGGAAGAGAUUGUUUUUUUGUUUUGUUUUCGUUCUUUUUUCAUUAAUUCUACUGUGCUCAUCAGUGUGCCUUUUUGUACUUUUUCUUAUUUAUAUACGUUACCUAAUAAUGUUUGUGCUUGCUGUGGCAAUCAAAUGCAAUUAACCUUACGUACUCAUGAACUGCUAAAAAUUCAGUUUCUACAUUCACUUGCUUAAAAUUAUGUUUCUUUAUUCAGACUGGAUAGUUUUUGGUUCAUGUUGACAGCAGCCUCAUGUUUUGUAUUACACUGAACAGGUUGCCAUGUUUUGAUUGUUUCUAUUACAACAUUACAGUUAGAAAGGUCUAUGGCUCUAGAAAGAUGUCUAGAAAUGUGUGAUAUAAGGAGAAAGAAAGAAUAGAUUAUGUAAAGUUAGUGAUUACAGUAGGUGUAUUUAGUUCAUGUAUUUUUUUUUUAUUUACAUUUUUUUCUCAGAAAAUUUUACAUUGAAAGUGGUGGUCAAUUUUUUCAUUUUUGACCUUCGAAUAAAUCCUAUUGUGUAGUCAUGAGCAGGUUUUACAACCCUUUUUUUGGAAACAUUAAUGUUUUUAAUGUCAUUAGCACUUAGACUAUACUUGAUACAUUCCCAGUUUUAUGAUGUGUAGCCAAUAAACAGAAAGUGUUGGAAAGGUUUGCUCGGAUUAAAAGUUUAAAGUGCA